GUGCCGGGAGAUCCGCCAGGCCCAGGCCUCCCACCGAGGCGACAACAGCGAGGAGUUCCGGAAGCUCUUCGCCACCGGGCGCGGCGACGGCAAGGAGAAGUUCGAGAAGCUCUUCGCGCCGCUCUGCCGGGCCCUGCCAGAGCUCCCGACACUUCGAGAGCUCCUCCUCUGGCUCGGCGCCCACGGCGGCGAGUUCGGCCCCGGCCCCGGCGCUGACGAGGCCCGGGCCCUCGCUGCGGGCCUCGGCCAACAAAAGGAGCUGGAGCGGCUGAUGUUGGCUCUGUCUGGAAACUCCCUGGGCCGGGGGCCUCAGCUGCGCUCCGCAUUUCGCUAUUUUUGA